AUGGCUGAAGUAGUACAACGUCAUUUGGAAGAUAUGCUAUCUGAAUUCGAACAGGCCAAAAACAUCGGCAUGUUCACAGAAGCUGAAAUUAAAAAAAUAGUUCGUACAAGACGACGACAUGAAUAUAAGAUCAUUCGACGUACAAAAGAAAAAGAAUGUUACCUUGAUUAUAUAAAAUAUGAAACUCAUCUUCUUAAACUUGUACAACUGCGGCGUGAGAAAUUGAAAUUAGGAAGAAUCUAUAAGAAAGAUGAAAUCGAUUUAGCCAUUAAAAGACGUGUUGAACGACUCUUUCGUAGUGUAUGCCAUCGAUUUAAAAACGAUAUUAAUUUAUGGUUAACAUUUAUUGAAUUUCUCAAAAAACAACAUGAUUACUCAACAGCAUCAAGUACAUUUACAAAUGCAUUACAUACACAUGGCAAUAAAUAUUGGUUAUGGAUAAUGGCAGCAAAAUUUGAAUUAGAAACGAUGGUAUCUCCAUCAUCAGCUCGUUCAUUAUUUCAACGUGCUCUUCGUUUAAUGCCACAAGAAAAAAAACUUUGGCUUGAAUAUUUUAAAUUUGAAUUACUCUAUGUGGAAUUGAUACAAAAGCGCCAAAAAGUUCUUGACCGAACAAAACAAGAAACGCAAGAUGAUAAUGAAGACGACGCUAUAUUACAAGGCAAAAUUGUAGAAAUUGUUUUUGUUAAUGCACAAUCAGCGAUUGAAAGUGAUCCAGUGUUUAUUUGUUCGUUUGUUAAAAUUCUUAAUGAAUUUUCAAAACUUUCAUUUGUUGAACGAUUAAUUGAUCAGAUUUAUUCAGUCUUAAAAGAAAAAUAUAGUUCUAAUGCUCUUGCUCAAUCAUUAUUAGCCCAACGUCCGUUAAUAAAUGAACGUAAAAUGAUUGACGAAGCAGCUAAAAAAGAUCAAGACGUUAGUUUUAUGAUCGCCAUACUUGAACAACAAGCGAGAGAAAACUAUGAAGAACAAUUAAAAAAUUCAAUUGUUGAUACCAAUGAAUUAUGGAAUUUAUAUCUUGAAUUUUGUGUUCAACGUCUUCGUCAAGCAUCAGAUACAAACAAAAUUCAGCAUAUUUCUACCUGUGAUCGAGUAUUUUCAUCGGCUAGUGAGCAAAUAUCUUUAACAGCUGAACGUUAUUUAGAAUGGGUAUCAAUAGUUGAUCAUAAUCGAGCGAAAGUUGUUAUGCAAAAAGCAACUGAUACUUAUCCCAGUGAUGCUUCCUUGUGGAAUAAACGUCUAUCAUUAUCAAUUGAAGAAUCUACUGAUUCUAAAGCAGUAAAAAAAGAAUUUUCACGUGCUUGUCAAAGUCCAGAUGUUAAAAAAUCACCUUUAAUCUGGAAUACCGUUAUCGAAUAUGCAGAAGAACAUGAUAAAAAAUGGACAGAAGUAUUAUAUGAACAAUCUCAAUUCGAAUCAUUUGAUCUAUCGGUAACAUUACAAUUAAAAUCAAAAUAUUUACAAUGGGUUAAUCAAACAAAAUCCAUCAAAGAAGUUCGUGAAUUAUUUGACAAAUUAUCUGUGCGAAUACCAGCUUCUUUACCAUUCUAUAUGGAUUAUGUUAAAAUAGAACAAUCAUCAUCCAAUCCAGAUAAUAAACGUGUUAAAACUGCUUUCGAACAAGCUAUUACUUACUUCGGGAAAACGUCAGCUGAUCUUUGGCUUACCUAUUUGGAUUAUUUAAAACAACGUCAAUCACUUGAUUUUAUUACAAUAUCUCGUAUUCAUUCUCGUGCACUUCAUACGCUUGAAUCAGAUGAAUUAACACGUUUUAAUACUGAAUGUGCACUAAAAAAUUUGGCGUAA